AAUUGCGCGCGAAUCGGCCGAGAAGGCGUUUCUGUUGCUUUCGGGUGUAUUACUACGUUUAUUUCGCAGGUCGGUCAAUAUUCGAUGAGUUUCGUGCAGCUAUGUUUCGAUUUCCGCUGGACUACAUCCGAGACUGAAUAGAACCGGCAUCGGUCUCAUCCGCCUCCAUUCAUUCGACGAUGCUACUGCGACGUUCUUUGGACUUUGACAGCAGGAUCUCUCGAAGUUGAUAUUGGUUUUUAAGCAAUUCUUUGUCCUCGCUAGGUGGCGUUUGUGUCGCUAAUUGCUGUUUGAUGCUUUGAUAGUAGCGUUUGUAGUAUACAACGUCGUUCUCGUUCCAUGUGCGUGUCGCGUUGGUGACAACUUAUCAUCGCGUUAACAUGAUUCGCUUCAGGAAUUAUAUCGAGCUUGAAUAUAGCGUUGUAACGCUAUAACCGGUCUUCCAAGUGUCUCCCAUUUUGUACCGGAACCGUUGUUGUGUAAUAACCAUACUUGUACGCUGUCAGUAUAAUCGAUGUAUCACUAUAACACUUAAUUGGUGCCACAUAACCACGACCGUAAUCUUCCGUUUGUGCUUUUCUCUGCGUUGUCGUCGCUUACCAUUUAGAUAAGAGAUUUGGCGACUGAUUGUGGCACUAUGUAGUUACCGGCACACGCGGUGCAGUUUCCUUUCUGGCAACAUUGUCUUAGUUUAUAUAGUCCUGAAACUCUCCGGGACGACGUUCUGUCAGUGGUUAAAGAAGUUGAAGAAGCGAUGGCCAAGCGAAACACACUGAGUGCGGUAGUGACGCACAAGUCUCAAUUUCCCCGGAGUGUGUCGGCAAGCAGCAGUGUGUACAUCCUUUCGGCUGGGGUUCCAACGAAUGACCUUGAACAGGAGUUCCCUCGCGUGAGUUCUCAAGUGCCGUUGUCGCCACAAGGUCAAGAUGAGGAGCGGGGCUCGGACGGGGAGUAUGCGGAGCGUGGCACCUGGACCGGACGCUUCGAUUUCAUUCUCUCGUUGCUCGGUUAUUCCGUCGGACUGGGAAACGUGUGGAGGUUUCCAUACCUCGUCUACAGCAACGGAGGAGGCGCCUUCUUGAUACCCUUCAUCAUCAUGAUGAUCAUGGCAGGACUCCCCCUCAUGUUCAUGGAGCUUUCCUUUGGUCAAUACUCGAGCCUUGGUCCCAUCGCAAUUUUUGAGCGCUUCUGCCCUCUUUUUCAAGGUCUCGGGUACGGCAUGGUCUUGGUCUCCGGCAUCGUGAUGCUCUAUUAUAAUCUCAUCAUUGCGUGGACGAUAUUCUACAUGUUUGCUUCCUUUUCGAAGAGUGUUCCCUGGGAAACCUGUGACCCCGAGUGGUGCACUGCAGCGUGCUACCAAUACGAGGAUGCAGACGCAUGCACCAAGCAGAACGGCUCAUACUACAACCAGACGUGUUUUAAUCAAACCAUGGCACAAGCGCUCAACCUCCCAGAGCUCGUCAAAAACAUGACAAAGAGAACUCCUUCUGCAGAAUACUUCAGGUACUUUGUCCUCGGGGAAUCUCCAAGUAUACGAGAGACUGGGGAAAUCCGAUGGCCCCUAGCAUUGUGCCUGCUUCUAGCCUGGAUCAUUGUCUUCCUAUGCCUAUGUAAAGGUGUGCAGUCCUCGGGAAAAGUGGUGUAUUUUACAGCUCUAUUUCCUUACGUGGUGCUUGUGAUCCUGUUCUUCCGUGGCGUCACCCUCCCAGGAGCUGCCGAGGGAAUCAAGUUUUACGUCACCCCGAACUGGAGGCUACUGCUCAAACCACAGGUGUGGGGCGACGCGGCUGUUCAAAUCUUCUUCGCAUUGAGUCCUGCAUGGGGAGGCCUCAUCACCCUAUCCUCAUACAACAAGUUCCACAAUGAUUGUUACAAGGACUCGUUGAUAGUGUCAGUGAGCAACGUGUUGACGAGCAUUUUUGCGGGCUUCGUCAUCUUCUCGGUGAUCGGUUAUCUGGCUCAUGAAUUGAACACUCCGGUGGAGAAAGUGGUGGAUCAAGGAGCUGGCCUAGCUUUCAUCGUUUAUCCCGAGGUGGUCGCCCGUCUGCCCGUCGCUCCACUUUGGGCCUUCCUCUUUUUCUUCAUGUUGCUCACCCUUGGCCUUGACAGUCAGUUUGCACUUUUGGAAACUGUUUCGACCGCCCUCUUUGAUCGUUUCCCAAACUUGAGAGAAAAGAAGACUCUAGUGGUAUUGGGAAUAUCCCUGUUCGGCUACUGCGGUGGCCUCAUAUUCACCACUAACGCAGGGGUUCAUUGGUUAGAGCUAUUCGAUAAAUACGCUGCAAGCUUGUCUGUCCUCGUCAUUGCCAUCGGAGAGUGUACGCUGAUAGCGUGGAAUUAUGGUGCCGAAAAGUUCUUGUGUGAUAUUGAAAAAAUGAUUGGAUCUCGGUCAUACGUAUGGACCAUGUUCUGGAACAUCAUGUGGAAGUAUUUCACUCCAGCAACACUCGUUUUCAUCUUGAUCUUCAACAUUGUAGAACAUUCACAAGCCACAGGCAGCAACUAUCCUCCAUGGGCCAUUGGGGUGGGAUGGUUCAUAGUGUCAAUUCCACUUCUAGCCAUUCUCAUUAUGAUGAUCCUGAAGCUCAUCUCUGUGCCCAAGGGGAGCCUUUUAUAUCGCAUAAAGUCCACGAUGCGGCCCACGGAUGACUGGGGCCCAGCUCAACAGCAACAGUCUUUACGGCCAGACGUCAUAGACGAGAAUGGCAGCAUCAACGGCGGCAUCGGACGUGAGAACUCAUUCGACAAUCCCUCCUUCAACGUCACGUACACCUUUGAGACGACAAUAUGAUGCUUAAGCUGCCUCCUGACGUAGUCUUCAUCUGGAGAUACCGUACACUGUAUUCCGCGUACAAUCGUUGAACACGUGUUGAAGCAGGUGUAUCAGAAACAGGACAAAGCAGGACGGGUAACUGUUUAGUUUUCAUUGUAGGAGUGAUGCUACAGUUCAGGUCCAGACAUGUCGCUAACGAAAGGUCAUGGAGCAGAUCGGGGUUAACUACAGAUUCACAUUAUCAUUAAGAAAGAAUACAAUUUUGCCGCUAAUGCUGUAUGAAUCACAUAAUUUGAAUACAUACUGAAUGGGUUCCGCUCAGUUUUUCGCAGUUACAUUAUUUCUGAGAUGUAGUGAUAUCUGUUUCCUUUUAGCAAUUCAGAUCUAAACUAGCUUGUAAUUUGUCAUAACUUUCUCAACAAAUUUGGUUUAAAUAUAAUUUUAAACAUAUAUUUUUACUUUUACAGGAAAUACAUGCUGCGUAUCCUUCUUCCUGAUUUAUAAUUACUCUCUGAAAAUAAUUUAUUAAAGCUCCUGAACAGCAGCUGUUCACUACUCGUAGUGUAUGAGAAAUUAUAUUUCAGUGGAAUAACACGUAAUCUAGCUAAUAUAAUUAGAGGCUAUGUUUUUAACCAACGAGAAUUGACUGAGGCAGACCACAAUUAGGUACGACACAGACACGUAAACCUCAAACGCCCAUAAAUUAACGAAUUCAAACAACUCAGGGAAAGGAGGCGCUGACGAUGGCAUGAGAAGACCCAGGUUCAAUUUCUGGAGUCAGCAUCUCUUUUCAGAGAUUUCCUUUCUUUUUUUCUUUUUUUAAUUCGUUAACUAUGUUCGUAUUUAUGUAACCAAAGACGUGUCAUUUAGAACAAAACCGAUAAAAUGUCAGAUUCUGUUAAAUUCAUUCUGCAGUUUCGUCUUGUUGCUCUGAUAGCCUUUUAUGAAGCGCCGUGCAGGCUUUGGGAAGAGAAACUACUUUUAGUGCUUUGACUAGUAAUGUUUCUUCAUAGCAAGUGGGUGCAUGUGCACGCAUAUGGUUGUCAAAAGCGUAGUAUGCUUGUUUAUGAGUGACCUAGACUUAUUAGUACUACUAGAACGUCCAACACAACUCUAUACUCUUGUACCUAUAGUAUGCAUUCCGCAGGAGAGUAUAUUGUGGAGCAUUCCAGAUGCUGUAGCUGCAACGGGUAGUUAAGCGUCAGGAAAAAAAAUGUAUUUGCGUUUUGUCUCGAAUCUCACUUUUUUUUCUCGAGUUGCUGCUGUGUAAGUUACGACAUUUACGAAUCUCAUUUUUGUACAUCAUAUCUUGGAAUGUGACUAUUAGGGACAGUUCAAUAAUAAUGGGGUAAAUCCAUCGGUUGUAUCGGAUAAACGAGUUCAUUAUAUCCGGGUUAUCCCGUAUCACAAUGUACGACUUCUCAUCGGACUUGAUGGCCUUUGUGAAGCUUAAAGUGAGGUUGUAGACUGAGUUUAGGGCGACAUUGUCUACUGCAAAAUUGAAGUCUGUGGUGUCCACGAGUCGAUCAGCACUUCAUGCAAACCCUAUGUACCUUCCAACGCCCACAGUAGGCACAAUGUCCUUCGUUUUUAUAUAUCUCUUUUUCUUCUUGCGUUUAUUUUAUUGGCCUGGUGGGAUGUCAUGUUGGAAAGCGACUAUAGUGUUAUAUUCUCCGCCACGGCCAUUUCAAUGGCUAACGCAGUCCGAAAAUUGCCUCCCAUCCCACUCGAGGCACAUGAGUGACAAAUUUCUCGUUUCCUAACUGUGACAAAGCUGAAGGUGAACAAAGAAUAGUGAGUCACACGACCGUGUGGUCCACUUAAGUAUGACGGUGGCUGUACUUUUAAAGGUGCAGGAAGUAGAGAAAUGAUUGCAAAUUCUAUCUCUGGACAACCUACAUAAAGUUGCUGUAAUCAAUGUACGGGAGAAGAGUUAACCAACAAUUCAUGUGCAGAUAAGUCAGUUGUGUUGGGUGGUAUGUGGUUAUCCACGAAAAAGGGAAGAAAAAAUAUUCACAUGAAAUUACACCACGUUCCAAGAUUGUGUCAACUCAACGCGUCAACAUUAAUUAAUAAAUAAAUCCGCACAUCAA